AUGGCUGGCGGAGGGCGGAAGAAGACCGAACUGAAGCUGAUAGAAAGCAAACAGUCGCGGCUUUUGUGGUUUAGCAAACGCCCCCCGGGGCUAUUUAAAAACGGGGCUCAAAUUGGAGCGCUUGUCUUCUCCCCUGCCGGUAAGCCCUUCGUCUCGGACGUCGCCGCCAUGGAUUCCCUCCUCGGCUUGGAGAAAAGAUGUGAAAUUUAUGAUGCGGUGGAGGUAAAUGAGCCGCCUUUCUGGUGGGAUGUACCUUUGCAGGGGAUGGGGUGUGAGGAGCUUCUCCAACUUGAGAGAAGAAUGUUGGAGUACGGUGAGAAGAAGAUGUCAGGCUUCCAGCAGAUGGAUUGCUAG